AUGCUAUCGUUGGAAAAGAUGGACGAAAAUGCAGGAGUUAAAGGCGACCAGGACCUCGUCGUCCAACAAAAAUAUGACCCCAACGUAGACUACGUCAUCAACGAAUACAUGGAGCGACUGGGCACUCGCCUCAACAUCCUGGAAACCGAACUGAAGUACGCGUGGAGAGCUCUGGACCUGCUGUCGCAGGAGUACAUCAAGAUGUGGGAACGUCUCGAAAAACUGGAAGGACUGCUCUACGAACAGCAGAGCGUCAUAUCUCAGCUGCUGGACUUCUACACGACCAGCGGCACUCAAGCUCAACAAGCUACCGUGGCUUCACUACAAGGCAAAUUGGGCGAGCUUGAGGUAAUCAGAGAGAUCCUGGGUAACGGAGCAAUCGAAGACGGUCUGGAGGAAGGACUCGACAUCAUCACCCAUAACCGGUCUCCAGACAUCGAGGAAAUGCAGAUGGAGGAAGCCAUGCCGGACGAAGCAUUCUACAAGAGCUUGAACCAGGCGUACAGAGAAGACUUAGUGGGAGGAGAACCUUCCUACAGAAUGAGUCAGUUGGGCAUGAUCUGGGAGGAGAGAGAAGAAGGUAGCGACAAUGCGGAGCGCAAACCUAUAGAUACCUCAGUCCGGUUAGAAGCCUCUCAAGAUAUCUAUAGUGCCUUGGACUACAAAGAUUACAGGGGUAAUACACCGUGCAUCGGUGAUGAUGACCUAGCUCAAUUAACGAAAAUAGAUUCUAUUGAUCACAUUACCAUAGAAAAAUUGGACGAGCUUGAUCGAUUGAGCAACAAACUGCAACAGGACUCUGUAAAUAUAAAACACUUGCGCAGGAAAUUGCUAGAAUCGCCGGUUUCAAUGAACGAAGCAGAAGGAGAGCACAUUGAUGUAACGAAUGUAACAGAUCUGUCCAACAUUGACGAAACCCUACAGCAAAUCUACGAAGACGAAAAAUGGAGUUUCGCUAGCGAGAUCAAAGACAAGAACGAAUUUUUGAUGCUGGCAAAGUCCGACCUACCGAAUAUGCUGUCGUUCUCGUCGAAAUCAGGUUCCCGGUUCUCCUUGACAGACGCCGACAAGGAAGUUGCCGAAACUCUAGCUGGUGAUUCCUCGAGAAGUCCUACAUCCCCGAGAAGGAGGACUUCGGACUUGUCUACUUGCAAUGCCCCUUUCACAACAGUGACUGGCCGACUAGCGUACAGCGCAGCGGUUCAGCACGUAGAGCAAGCCGAAGCAGCUGCAGCAGCUGCAGCAAUGUCAGUCCCACACUCUAACAAUCCUUUCUACUGUGACAGCCCCGAACUGAACUCUCUCAUCUCAGCUUCCUACGAAACUCAGCCAGGGAUCUUCAAUAUGAGAAAUGGAAAACCUUCGUCACCCACCUUAUCCAUAUGCAGCAUAAGGACUCGACAAGAUGGCUAUAUCGAUCCCAGUACGUCUCCGAAGAUAAGCCAGAAUCAUAGUCCCCCACCACCUGCACCAGACCGGGACGCCUCGUUUCUGAACAAAGCUGCAAGUUCCAACAACGUUUUUUUGGAUACUAACGUAGCUUCUGCUUCAACGAGUCACAACCACGAAAGACUGAGUCCCAAACCUCACUCACCGAAAUCCACAAAAUCAUCACCGAGAAGAGCCAAGUCCCAUUCAUUCUCCAUGGCGCCAGCCAAGUCAGACUCUGGUUUGAGUUCCAUGAGUGGUUGGUCGAGUCUCGAGAAGUCUCCGGGAUCCCCGAAGAAUGGAAAGAUAUACGCAGAUGGGAAACACAGUAGGCUGGUUUCCCCUGUGCCCAUGAAUUACAAUGCGACGAUGGCAGGUUCCAGACCUUUUAUGGAAUCAUCAUUAGAUUCCAAGUUAUCAGAAGCAUUUCUGCCUGGCGGACACCAACUGUCAGCAUUCACGACUGUUAAAUCGCCUUGUGGAAUUGAUGCUCUUGAUGGUUAUGGAAAUUUCGUACCAGCUCCAGCUCCCGCUUCCGACAUCAACGUUAGUCCGAACAGAAAAAAGAAACCUAUAGAAUAUGCGACUACCACAGAUGAUGACUUCUCAGGAAGUAGUAUCUACCAGUUCAACCAACCUGCGAUAUAUUCAGUAGCUGGGAGUAAUAGAGAUUCCUAUACAUGCGUGUAUACAGGAAGUAAUGCCGACUACAGCUCUCAAACGAACUAUCCCGACCUGAUAGAGCCUUAUGAAAACAACGAAUAUUUCAAUUCACAGCAAAAAAACUGUUAUCACUCCUCGCCAGGAUCCGAAACUGAUGCUACGCAAUCUCGCUAUAAAUCAUCUGGUAGUAGAGACCCUGAAGACUUCACGAACCAUGAAGGUUAUAAGACUGCUAUGCACCGUACCAUGUUUCCUACCGGAAAUAUAACAGACGCUUUAUCGUAUUACCCAACGUCUUCUAGAAAUGAUACCUCCACUAAUCAAUAUGUCGAUCUGUCACCUUGGCACAGAAACGGCUCUAGUAGAGCCCCAGACAGACCGACAAGGACUAGCGAAUCACCUGAAGCUUGCUAUAAUACUCCACCACAACCAGAAAGGAGUCACAGCCAUAAUCCGCAACAAACUUUUGAUAAUUCUCAAAAUGGAGAUCAACAUAGUGGCCAAUGGAGUCAGAGACAAGAAAUACCAUACUUGGACCUUGAUUUGAGGAAUAAGAAUGUCCCAGAGUACGUGGUUCAACAACAACAUGGCCAGAAUCUGUACUAUGAUCCUAGCGGUGUCAUAAUGACUCAGUCAGGUUAUUUGACGAUUUCUUCCAGUACUGAUCAUCGCACUCAGCAUCAUUCCGAAGCGCCUAAAAAAAUGAAAAGAGCUAACACUCUAAAAUCAGCUAUGCAUUCUGUGAGUCACUGGUUGCCCACUCUUCAUUUACCUAAAAGAAGUAGGUCCCACUCUUUGCCAGGAGUGAAAAGAGAAAAUAUGAGAGGACAUCUGAGUAAAAAGAAGAAAAAGAACGGGAUAGUAUCUACUGUGUCUGAUAUCAUUCAGAAAGCCAAAAGAAAAACAAGCAUAUCCCAACACUAUUCUUCAUCGCUGUCUGACCCUGAACAUUCAGAAAAUGAAUGGUCCACGGACAGGACACGAUAUGUUACUUCCGAAGAUGAUAGGAGUGAGGACAGUUCCAGCUUGUUUUCUGAAAGUAUGUGUGAGACAGAUAGCGAAUUUUCGACAAUCGAAAAUAAUUCUAAAUCGAAAAGAGUGUCUCAAACAGAACAAAAAACUAACGACAAAUAUGGUUUACAACCAGUUUUCGAGACUGACUCAAACUUACCUGAAGAAACCGAUAUAGUAGAUAGAUCAGACCAUAACGACACAACUGAGGAAAUGACCAACUCUUCUGUGCCAUUUUUAUCGGUCGCUAUACCUAAAAAGAACUCUCUACCCACAGAAAAAUCACCAGACGAUCUGGACACCGACAACAAAAUGGUGGUAUUAGUAGGUGGUGGGGCUUCCAUGGAAUUCGCAGUUUCCAGAGCCUUGGGUAGAUAUAGACAAAGACAAACAUCUUUUUCCGACGAUCCUUUAUUCAACGAAGAAGACGAAAUUAUCCUAGAAGAGAUCACCGAGGAGAGAGAAGAGCCAACGCAAUCGGCUCCUCAAAUGUACAACAAGAUACUACCAGAGCAAAAAUCUUCAGACAGUCAAACCAGCUCUGAAAAUAACAAACACAAUGUGGCAGACGAAGUCACUGUAUCGGAAGACAGCCCGUCAACUAUAAGCAUCAAGUCGCACACCAACCGGUUCCUUCCCAAGCAACAACUCAGCCUUGAGAUCCCCGGAGGCAGGGACGAUGACGACAGCAGAAGCACUCACUCCUGGCGAAGCACCUCGCGAGUAUCCUCGAGAAGACAGAGUACCGAAGACAGCAUUGACAGCGAAGACGAGUGGUACUGCUACGAGCUUCGAAAGCUCGAGGAGAUGGAGCGGCAGACUCACCUCGAACAAGAAAUGGGCGCUACUUUGCUGGAAGAGCCAGAGCCAUUGGAAGACGAGCAAUACGAACCGAACGAAGACGUGCGGGAAAGGAUGUCCUUCGUCCUCAGAGAGCUGAGGAUGACAGCUAAAGUGACCGAAGGGGUGCUAGACGAGGAAGAUAACAAGCUGCUAGCGGUCCAGGGUAAGAGGAACAGAGAGAAGAAAAGACCUUCCUUCCACUUGGACAAUGCUGCUGCACUGUUCGAGAAGAUAAAGCACUAUCAUCACGAGGAGUCGCAAGACGAAGUGAUUGAAAAAGCAGUCACUGAAGAUAGGCCGGAACGAUUGGAGCUUCCUAGUCCGAACGAGCAGUCUUCUGGAGCUACAUCUGGUCCAGACAGUGCUCACAGUACCGAUGAGUACGACGAGGCUGAGAUGGCGGUGAACGAUGAGUUUGCCAGGUGUCACGUGAGCAAAGAGAACGAAGAAGAUGAGAACCAGAGGGCAGGAGUGGUUACCAACGGGAACGUCGUGCUAGAGAUCCCGAAGAUUCAGCUGGAGAGCGAGACACCGGCAAAGGAAGAGAAGGAGGAUAAGGAAGGAAUCCAGGGGGGUAGUAGGUGGAAGUUGUUGAAAACAUUGAAGGAGCGUAAGGCGGAGGAGAAAAGUAAUCAGGGGAAAAUGCCGGUUCAACCGGUAGUGGAAAAAACGAAUAAGGAUUCUGGAAUUGCCGGAGACCAAGCUAGAGCCAAUGGACAUCCUGGUGAUAACCCUUUCUACAGCAACAUCGAUAGUAUGCCUGAUAUUAGACCAAUCAGGCGGAAAUCCAUACCGCUUGUAUCGGACUUGGUAAGUUCACACUUUCCAUCAUCUUAG